UUGGGCCCGGAGGUCAGUCGGAAGCCUCCGGCUAGUGGCGAGACCGGGACCUUAGUCCGCGUAUUAGGCGCUGCAGGGAGUUGGAAAUGUGCGUCUAGAGAGGGACAGCGGCUCUUGGCACCUGCCUCCACCCACCCACCGAGGUCCUAUCCGCCCGCCUUGGCCCCCACCCGUGCUGCCCUGGGGUAGGAAAAGGAGUCUCAGCUGCAGCUUCUGACCUCCCGGGGCACCUGACUCGGGUGUAGAGCUUAGUUUUCCCCUCUGGAAAGUGGACCAGUGGCUUACAGAGGUGUGUGCCAGGGUGGACCGUGGAGGUCUGCUCAUACGGAAGCUUGUUCUUGUAGAGUCGCUCAAAAGUAGGUCCCCAAGGUUCAGAGGCGCGCGGUAUGGGUACCGAGAAUGAAAGCCCAGAACCGGACUGCCAGAAACAGUUCCAGGCCGCAGUCAGUGUCAUUCAGAACCUGCCUAAGAAUGGCUCUUACCGCCCCUCCUACGAAGAGAUGCUGAGAUUCUAUAGCUACUACAAGCAAGCUACCAUGGGGCCCUGCCUCGUCCCCCGGCCUGGGUUCUGGGACCCAAUAGGACGAUAUAAGUGGGAUGCCUGGAACAGCCUGGGCAAGAUGAGCAGGGAGGAGGCCAUGUCUGCCUACAUCACUGAGAUGAAGCUGGUGGCACAGAAGGUGAUCGACACGGUGCCCCUGGGCGAGGUGGCAGAGGACAUGUUUGCUUACUUCGAGCCCCUGUACCAGGUGAUCCCUGAUAUGCCGAGGCCCCCGGAAACCUUCCUGAGAAGGGUCACAGCAGGUUGGAAAGAGCAGGCACUGAAUGGAGAUGCCAGGGCUGCCCCAGAGCUUCUCUGCCCCCCCAGGGAACCAGCACUCCCAAAUCCAGCCCCCGUCUUGUCACCAGUGUCACCUAUCCCCUCCCCAGAGUCCCAGCCACCUAGGGACCUGGACUCCGAGGUUUUCUGUGAUUCCCUGGAGCAGCUGGAACCUGAGCUGCAGGUCUGGACAGAGCAGAAGGGAGCCCCUGGAGGAGAGCCUGACACCAGAAACAGCUCCCCGCUCCCCGCAGAGAAAGAGGGCAGCCCGCUGGGGCCCCAGGAAUUGGACACGUGGCUGGUGGGGACUGUUCGGGCGCUGCAGGAGAGCAUGCGGGAUGUCCAGGGUAGACUGCAGAACCUGGAGAGCCUGCCCAGCGUCGUCGAGCAGCAGAGGACCCCGCCCGGUGCCCGGCCAUGGCCCCUCAGGCUCUCGGGUCCCACGCUGCUCUUCUUCCUCCUGUGGCCCUUCAUCGUCCAGUGGCUCUUCCGACAGUUUCGGACCCAGAAGAGGUGACUCUCAGUGGAGGGGUCUCUGUAGCCAACUGAGGUGGCUAUGAGCCCCCUGUCCUGCUGUGCCCUGAGCCUUCCUAGGGUUUAGGAGAACAGCAUUAACUCUGUGUUCCCACCAUUCAGUGUUUGCCUCUGCACCGCUCCCUUAUCGGGGGGCCAUUUAAGAGCCCAUCCUUCCCCGCGGCUUCACAUGAACACCUUCUCCUCUCCCGCCCAAACACCCAGGCUCCCUGGUGAGGGUGCAGUAGUGGUGCACGUCCCGGGUUCUGAGUUGGCCGUGACUCGGGGGCGGGGCUGCCGGGUCUCAGCCUCCGCCCUCCCCACCCUCUGGGUCACCUGACUCUUCUCCCACCCCAGUCUCUCCCGGUGGAGGCCCAGCUCUUGGGCAAGUUGGGACUUGGGCCGGGGCCUGGAAGAAUGAUUGGCUGAGAGGCUGCGGGAGGAAGGCCAGGAGGCCCGGCCGAGUUGGGGGCAGGGGAGUGAGCUCCGUUUUGCUGGUCUCCCUCCCCCUGCACAUACACACUCAGGACGUCUUCACGGAAGACUCACAAAUGUUUCACUAAAUAAAAUAAGACCUUGAUCUUCUG